AUGGUGGCCGUGGGGAAGAGCGGAUUUCCUGAGUUGCCCACAGUCUCCGCCAUGCUGGAUGAGUCCACGCAGACCUUGAGCGGAAUCAGCAGCCAGGCGCAGAAGCUUCAGCAGCAGAUGCUGCAGGUUCAGCAGGAGAACGCCGCGCGCAUGCAGCGCCAGAAAGCGGUCUUUGACCGGAAGUUGCAAGAGCAGGAGGAGAAGAACAGGGCCGUGGUCAAGGAGAAUGCUGUGAUCGCGCAGAACAUCAUGAACAUGAAGAAGGAGAAUGAAAAGCUGCUGAAGCACGCCCAGACCUUGCAGAAGGGUAACUCCUUGCGUCAUGGAGAGCUGAACAUGUUGCAGGAUCAGCUCACGGCAGCUCAGAGCUUCUUGAAGGAUUCCUUGACUCAGACGGACGACAGCAACGCGAGCGACCUGGAGGUCUUGAAGGAUGAGAAGCACCCGAGCGGCCCGAGCUCCGCGGCGGCCGUGUCCUUCUUGGAGGUCUCCGAAUGGGCCGAGCCGGAGGCCCCGGCGGCCGCUGCGGCGGCACCGGAGCAGCCCGAGAGCCUGUUGACCAUGCUGGGCAAUGAGGUGAAGGUGAUGAAGAAGCAGGGCCAGGACAGCGAGGCGAAGUUGAAGGAACUCUUCAAGACGGAUUUCCAAGCAGGCGUGAAGCGCCACAAAGCCUUGCUGGCACAACAGAAGGUCCUGAAGGAAACCUUGGAGAAGAUGAAGUCCUUCCACGACCGACUGGACGCUGCCGAUAAGCACCUCCAGAGCACUCGCACAACCAUGGAUACCCGCUUGCACGAUGGUGGCCUCUUUAUGCAAAAGCUCUCAGAGCUCACCAUGGCCAAACCUGAGGCGGCGGUACAGGCGCCAACUGCCCGAGCCACUGAACGAAACCAGGAGCGAUUCUACGCGGGAUGCUUGCAUGGAACGUAA